AAGAAAUCCUUUGGAAUAGCGAGGGAAUCCGAUGUUAUGUUUGGAACAAGGAGGAUCCGACGUUGGGUCCUGCAAAUCUUGUUGUUCAACUAACCAAGAAAAGCUUAUACAUAAAUUUGGAUGACGACAAAGUCAAGCGGGCUGCUUCAAGAAUCUAUGUUUUACGCAGUAAAAUUUUCUAAAUUCAGUUCUGGAAUCUUGUGGAAUAGUAAAGUUGACCCACAAAAGAUUAGUUAAUUUUCAAUGUUUGGUAGCAGAAAAAAGUCAGUGACAGCAAGCAAGCAAGCGAGAGAGAUGAGAUGAGGUUGCGGAUGGGGUUCACACGUGCGUCGCCUCUCGCGUCAAUCCUCCGCCUUACCUUCUUCCAACCAAAUCAAUGGCGACAAGAAUCAGUCUUCCCGCCUUUAUUUAUUCGCUUGAAUCCGCGCAGGCGCAUUUCGUGCUGCCCAAAGCCGCAAACGCCGCUGUACCUGAGGCCGGCAGCUUUCAGCGCCACCGUGUCAGAGCUGAAAAAAUGGCACCUUUGGGCCGAAACCCUAGCUUCCUCCGUGGGCUCCACGUUCUUGGACCUGGACAACGGCCCAGAUUCCACACUCUUGCUCAGAGAGCUCAACUGGCUGCUUCAAGAUGCGCUUCAAAACCCCAAAGCACUCUCAUCCAAUUACCGGGAUGCCACUCCUGUGUCACUAAGGGCAUGUUUGGAUGAUCUCUAUUCCAUGUGGAAGCAGAGGGUAGAACACAGAAGGCCAUUUCAGUAUGUGGUUGGGUGUGAACACUGGAGAGACUUGGUGUUGGGUGUUCAAGAAGGUGUGUUGAUUCCCAGGCCUGAAACUGAACUGAUUGUGGAUUUGGUGGAUAAUGUGCUCAAGGAAGAUGAACACUUGAGGGAAGGAUUAUGGACUGAUUUGGGUACUGGAAGUGGGGCUCUUGCUAUAGGGCUUGCUAGGAUUUUGGGGCCUUCUGGAAUGGUUGUUGCCAUUGAUUUGAGCCCAGUUGCUGUUGCAGUUGCUUCUGCAAAUGUGCACAGAUAUAACUUGCAGGAUAGAGUCAAAGUAAAGCAAGGAUCUUGGUUUGAGCCACUUAAGGAUGAAGGAAGAGAAUUGGCUGGGCUGGUAAGCAAUCCACCAUACAUUCCAAGUGAACAUAUUAGUGGUUUGCAAGCUGAAGUUGCUAAACAUGAACCAAAACUUGCAUUGGAUGGCGGGGCGAAUGGCUUAGACGACCUUCUGCAUCUCUGCAAGGGAGCUGCUUCUGUGUUGAAACCGGGCGGCUUCUUUGCAUUCGAGACAAAUGGUGAGGAACAGAGUAAAUUUCUUGCUGGUUACAUGGAAACACAAAGUAAAGGAGUCUUCUCCAACGUUAAGAUUAUAUCUGAUUUUGGUGGUAUCAAGAGAUUUGUUACAGGGUUCAAAGCAAGAUGAUCUGAUUUUGGUGGUAUCAAGAGAUUUGUUACAGGGUUCAAAGCAAGAUGAUCUGUUGCAAAUUGCACUCUUGUCUGUGUGCUUCAUAUUAAAGAGUUCUGCACUUGUGACUUGAAUCGAAUUUGUAUUAGUUUCACAAUGAAAGAAUUUUUUAAUAAAAAAAGUCAAUAGUAUAAUGUAAGUUUAGAAAAGGACCAAUAUCAUUGGCAUUCCAAUGUUCUUUUCAAGAAUUCAAAGCAAUUCUACUCAAGAUUGGGAUAAAGAGGAAUGCAUGCAAUUUGAAAUGCAGCAGCACUAUUUAGUGAUUUUUCAA